AGCUUGUUAAAGGCGGAAAAUAUGAAGUAGAACCAAGUUGACCUCAAAUAUUAAAUGUUGAGGUUAGUGGUCAACUAAAAGGCCUUCAUAGUCCUCGACUCCUUUUUCUCAACUUCUGUAAGUUAUUGGUUUUCAGGGCUUAUCAAUGCGCUUAGAUAUAACGUUGUCCUACUCAACGAUAGGCUAUCCGAUAGGUUUGUUUCGUAAGAAGCUUGAGUAACAAGACACUAGGGGGUGGUAUUGUGUUUGUCCUUUAUUUAUCCCACUGUCCCAUCUAGGGAAUGCACUUUAUGCAUAUAAAUUGUCAUGUAAGCUAUUCUCGCUUACACUUACUUCCUUUACAUGCACCGUGGGUGUAAGAAGCGUGUGAGAGUAUGUGUUUUAUGGAAUGCCUUACCGUGACAUAUCGUUAUAGCUCCCUCAGUCGGCUCAUUCAAGAGACGAUUAGACAGUUAUAUCACCUCGCAUGGACUACCACGGACGUACUCAUGUAGUCACCAACCUCAGUACCCCCCAACUCCCUCCUAACUACCACUCACUAUCUCCCUCCUCAAUACACCCACAUUACCUACUAAUUCUUCUGUAGGAACCAAACCCACGCGACCAUUCGGGCGAUUCCCAAAUACUUUUCUUUCGUUCUUAUUCCUCUUUUUCACCCCUCCUUUUCUUCUCCCCUUUUCUCUUCCCUCAUUAUUAUUUUUCUUUUUUUUGUUCUCUCUUCAUUCUUUUACUACUACCUUACUAUUCUCCUUCAGGUACCUACACAGGCAGGAGUCAUGGCAGUUCCUUAAACUUCGUAGCAACCCGUAGCUCCCCAAUCACUCUACAAAUUACAACUUACUAACCCACAAAACAUCCACCUCACCGAAGCUAAAAGCAAGAAAUCAGAGGGAAUUUCCUCGUCCACUGCAGGAAUGAACCGAAAAACUCGAACCAAGCCCUAAGAACUAGACUCAUGAGAUCAAAAACUACCAGUUUUCUACGCUCGCACUAUCAAUAUUGGAUAUUGGUGUAACAAAUUGUUGUGUGUUUACAUCAAGUAGUCCUUUUGGGUGCAUGUUGUUUGUAUUUAUUCGGUUGAUGUUCUAAGUGGUACUGUGGUGUAUCUGUCUGGUUUCUGGAAAAGUAUUACGUGAACUGGAUUUUCCCGUUUCUACCACAACAGUGGACUUAACGAGUUUACAUGCUACGUUUCGGUACCUAUCGAACUACUUACUUCAUAUGUAGAACUCUGCCAUCUUUCACAAGUAAACUAAAGCCCAUUACCAUCUGAUCUGUAUAUACUAGGCUGCACUUAUAUAGUUAUUUAGGUACCACUAACUAACCCCUUUCCCCAGCCGAUCCUCAAGGUUAAUGAUUUUUACAUGAUGUGCACGUAAACGUCAUCAUUUUCACUUCAAAUAAUGUUUGGUUUCAAAAGACUACGAAGUGUACUACUGAUUGACAUGAGUAGACCACUAACGUCCAUCAGCAGUGCUCGUUACUCAGAUCAAAGUAUUCUAAACGCCAGAUGGCUAUUUCGCUCGUUUGGGGUCGAACUUAUCUGCAGACACGAACUGAUUCACCUUAGAAAGCUGAGUUGUUCGGAUCACCCGAUUUCUGACUUGCUAGUUAAGCUUACUUAUAUUUGGAAUCAAAUUAGGUGUUUGCAAAAUGCAGUUCGUUGUGAGAAAUCUGGCUAACAAGCACUGCCAGUUCGUGUGAGUGGUCUAAAAUUUGUUCCAGGUAGAAUUGCUUUUCGCACAGCUUUUGUGCUCUCAUUCUUAAUGCCAGUAGUAAUGUUCGGCAGACCACAUCAUGUGCACUUUGCAAACAUGAUUUGACACCUUUAACUUGCCAAGCGUCAUCUCUAAUUUCCUAAUUAUUUACCAAGGUAAAAAGUCCUAACUGACAGUUGUGGAUGCGUGUGUGUACAGUAUUGGUGACUACGGUGGUUUUCUUGCCCAUAUCAGCAGUCACUUGGGUCUGUAGCUUAUCAGCUUAAUUACUCGACCUAACCAGUAAGAUAAAGUUGUUUUUAACGUUUUUGUUUCCAUUCAUUGGAAAACAAUAAUUCCGAAGUAAUAAACGGAAACUUAAUCUUGAACUUCAUUCUUCAGAUAAGCGUUGCAAAUACCGCCUAUAAUAGCAUAGGUAGGUUGUUGAAACUUCUGGAACUACAUACGAAGGCUUCGAACGUUGAAAUCAUGUGUAGACCUUAGGAUUUAGAAGUCAGGCUAUCGUGUCAUGAAUAUUUGUAUUUUUGGACGUCACAUUCGUAUGGUUGUUAACUUUUGAAGGUAGAUUUGACUUAAGUGUUUAUAUUGGCCAUAAGUCGCACAGCUUUUGAGGGUCGUUGCUGUGUUUCUACUCCGACCUCCGUAGGUGGGAAGUAAUUGUAAUGCGCUAUUCAUUUGUUCAAAGUAGAAUGCUUCAUCCAGUAAGUUGUCUUCACUUCUGUACAUCUUCACAUAUCUUGGAGUUUUGACGGUCACUUCCUGUAAACUUACUGGUAGGUGCGCAACAUAAAUCUUGAGAAUGAAGUCCAUGUUUUUUGCCUCAAUCCUAUUGAAUAAUUGCGUUCGCAUUGUCAACCAAAUAGCCUGACCAGGUUGUAGAUGGACUAGGUUACGUAGUCUCUGAUUACUAGUCAGUAGUUGUACUUUAGACAACAAAGUAGCAAGUACUCUGUAUGCAUUUGCUUGUUUUUUUUAGAAGACUUGUAAGUGUUUGCCAAAAUAUUUUGACUUUGAUCAUCAAGGGUAUGUUUGGAACAAAAGUCUGAAUAGCAGUUGUAUGGAGCUGUGGCUCAGUCGUUUCAGAUAACUAUCAACCAUUGGGUCGCGGGUUCGGACCCUGGUCCAUCUACCAAGGUUUGGGCAACCAGAUGGUAUCAGUGACCUUCACAAUAGGUGUGGCUCAUUGCUUACUGUACGAAUGUUUCUGACCACUUCAAGUCAUUAGUUUGGGCCUACUACCUUUCAGUAAGCUCUAGGUAGCCUAGAGGUGACAGAAAGUAACAGCUAAAUCCGCUGAACUGUAUUAAAGAAACGAGUUAACUACUACCAUUAUUUAUUCGCGUGUGCACUUGAAAAAUAAGUUUCUAAAUUUGAUUCUUUUACCUGUUGUACAAUGUAGCAGUAUUUUUGUGUUUACUUUUUGUUUGAAUGGAAUGUUUUCUGGUACUGCUUCAGAAUUCACUCCGAAAAUGUAACUUAUCUAAGUUUUGUAAGUCCGUAGGCAUUAUUUUAUUAUGGUUCUUAGGUUUCUUUCGUUAUCACUUUUCAUUGACUUCUGGUUGGUACCGCAGUACGUGUAGCAAUUGUCGUUGUGUACAUCGGAGUUUUAUUUGGUGGCUAGUAUGAUUCAGUUCGAGAUGCUUUUCAGUCCUAAUAGUUUCAUAAUUGUUUAAUUUUCUAUUGUAAGCUCUGAUCGCCGUGAUACCUCAUCAAUAAAUCCUUAUUUCCCUGCUGUUUUCUGUACAUUAUUUGGUUUGGCUUUUUGUCUACUAUUUUUCAUCAGUCUUGUAAUAUGUAAAUUGAUUGGGGAAACAUUUUUGACUUAUGAAUACAACUGAAUAACUGGAGUUUGUUAUCGUAGUCUAUGCAAAUGUUUCUUUGCAGUCAUAAAUGAACGCACCACUUUCCAAGAAUGACAACGUUCCUGAAUCUUCUGUCUCUGAUGCCGCAGAAGGAUCUGUCAAUCAAUCAGAUGAUGGUGACUUACUAAGUCGUUCUGCUCUUCGAAGAGAAAUUGGUUCACGAUCAACCACAAAAAAAGUUAAAAUUGUUGAUCCUAAGCUAAAUGUUGAAGCCGAUUCUGAUGACGAAGAUUCACUAUCACAUCCAAAUACCUCAAGUAUUCCUGUGCUUAGUGAAUCAGUCGGCACUGCUAGUUGUGGUCAAUCAGCUGACCCGCAAGCAUCUGCAGCUUUGAUUGAUCGCAAAAAGACAAAGGAGGAACGCAAAAAGGAGCGCGAGAAAAAGAAAGAGGAGGAAAUGUUGAAGAAGUAUCAAGCAGAGCAGGAAGCCAAACAAAAAAUAUCAGCGAAAUCCAAAUGCGGCCGAUGGAUAAAACAUAAUUUAAAGAUUGGUGAAGGGGGCUAUAAAUUCGUAUACCGUGGAUACGAUAGUGUGGAGGCAAGAAAUGUUGCAUGGUGUGAGUUCAAGCGCGAACAUGUAGAUACUAAAGAAAAGCGCCAAGCAAUGUUUAGAGAGACGGAAAUUAUGUUAAAAAUGAACCAUCCUCAUGUCGUUCGCUGUUUUGAUGUUUUCAGGGAGUGGAUUGAUAUGGAAGAUCCAAAUAAUCAGAUUGAAGAGAAAGGGGUCGUGAUUAUUCAAGAACUAAUGGGCGAAGGGACUUUAAAAAGUGUUAUCCGCAAGAACUUCUUAGAUGGCCAGUGCAUCCUUAAAUUCCCUCUUAUUACACGUUGGUGGCAUCAAAUCCUGGAUGCUUUGCGUUAUAUGCACCACAAAAUCCAACCACCUAUUCUGCACAGAGAUUUAAAAGCCGAUAACUGCUUUUUGUAUGGUGCUUCAGAUGAAGAGUAUUUAAAUGUUAAAGUUGGGGAUUUUGGUUUGGCUACUCAUGUGAGUAAUAGUGGAAGAAAAACCAUGUUGGGUACUCUUGGUUUUAUGGCACCGGAGAUUUUUGAUGAAAAGUAUGAUGAGAAAGUGGAUAUCUAUGCUUUUGGUAUGCUUAUGCUAGAAGUAAUGACGAAUCGUACGCCAUACGAUGAAUGUGAAACAGUUUUACAAGUGGCAGCUAAAACAAUGUCUGGACAAGGUCCUGAUAUCAUGCAAAUGGUAUCCAAUCCUUCUCUACAUGAGGUGAUAAGUGCAUGUAUACAACCUCUGACAUGUUUUCGUCCUACAGCUGAUGAGUUAUACUUCCAUCCGUUAUUUCAGAAAUAUCAAGAUGGCAACGAUUCAUGGCCGAAAACCUUACCAGUAGAAGUAGAACCAAAUUAUGAUAAUGCAACAGAUCGUGCAGAAGUGCUGGAUCGUUUUGUUCGAUCACUUGGAAAUCCAGAAACACGUAACCCGAAUUUCAACUUACGAUUAAGAUUUCGAGACAAAAAGAUGUUACAAGAAUUAGGAUUGGAUGAUGGUGAAUCAUUAGAAUUCGAUUUAGACAUAUAUAAAGCUGAGGAUCAGGAUAUUCCUGAUUUGAUUCAUAAUUUGAGACUUGGAUACGAGGAUAAAUUAUGGCGUGUAUUUGAAAAUCCUAAACAACCUGAUAAGAAAAUUGUCUCCAAUCACUUAGACAAACUUUUCAGCAGUAUAAGACUGCAGAUGCAGUUUCUUGUCAAAGUUUUGUUGGGUAAACGCUGGAAGGCGAUCUUAGAUUCAUUAGUCCAGGAUCAGCGUACUCGAAAAAAGCAAGAAGGUACUUCUGCUAUUGAUGAAGAUGAUGAGAGUGAUACAGAUGCAUAUGAUACAAGUAGUUUCACGAUUAUCGGAAAGUAUAAGAGUAAGUGGAUCAGAGCCAAAAAAAUGUUGGAAAAAGAAAUACAGGUAUAUAGAAACUCUUCCGCGAGUUCUUCAACGAUCACAUGUAGUGCAACAGCUACCACUUCAUCUACGUCAGCAAUCGCCUCUGCUACUCCCCUGGUUUCAGGAGGUAUAUCUCAGCCACAGAUAGAUACAACCUAUGCUCCUGUUACUGGAACUGGUAAUGUAAUUCUUGGGCAGAUGACUGUAGCCACUCAAAACAAAAUAAGCUGUGAAUCCGUUGAUACCAGUUGCCCAAAUCUAGAGAGUUGUCACCAAGUUGCUGCUCCUGGUUUAACAUCUAUUGGUAAAUUCACUGUUACAAUCCCUCCAAGUGCUACAGCCGCACCAGUCACUCCAAAUAUUCUUCCAUCAUUGUCGAAUAAUGGACAAACACCAACACCAACUCCAGCUUCAACACCUAUAGUACCACCCCAGGCUACUACAAGCCAAAAAGUUACAGAGAUCUUUGUUCCCACUUCCCUUAGUAGUUCAUCUGUUCAGCAUCCAGUACCCAUUCCGUUGCAUAGCGAUGUAAACUCGGCAGCAUCUCGACAACCAGUUUCUGACCACAACACUACAUGUAAUGCCACAUACAUCUGUUCACAGUCAUCUGCUGUUUCAGCGUCUAGUGGUGCAUCUUCACAGCAAACACUAAAUCAGAAACAAUCAUUCCAAUUUCCUAUACAACAGUCCGUGCCGUCUCUGGUAAAUACUUGUCAAAGCCAGCCAACUGCUUUUGCUCCGGUGCAUUCAUCCUUGGUAAAAUCGGAUGCUGAUGUUUUAACAGCAAAUAAUAUGGAUACAAUAGCUCGUUCUGCAAUGAUAUUGCAACAAGUGCUUCAGGGGAUUACAUCAACUUCAUUUGCCAAUUCAUCUAUCCCAUCAUCUGAGGCAUUCAUGGGCUCUCAAAUGCAAACAGUCCAACAGCCUUUGCCAGUCGCUACAUCCGGAGCCAAUUUGUUGACAGCCGGAAUGCCUAGUUCUAACCAGCCAGUUCCUGCAAACCAGCAACAACAAAUGAUGUUUGCGGCUGCAGCUGCCAUUGCAGAACAAGCGGUGACAGCGGCUACAACUACAGGUGGUCAGCUACCAUCAAUGCCGUCACCACAGAUAAGUAAUUUACCCCAACAGAACUCUGUGGGUUUUAGCUGUCCAACCAGCUUGUAUGGUGGUUUCCCGUCAACACAGCUCCAUGUAGUUCAGAUCAAGCAGGGGUGA